AUGUGUAAUCGAAAUAUCAUUGCUCCUUCCUUUAUAGCAACCGGUAAUAGCAAUCAUAUCUCGUCAAUGCAUCCUACUGGAACAGAAUACAAAAAUACUCAAUUCCAAUUUUCAGUAGUAUUACCUAAAGAUUGGCAUUCGAAAGGAUUGGUGGACAUGUUCGAACAGCUUGAAAGAGAAACUUAUCCAUUUACACCGCAAAGCCACAAGUCGCUUGAAGAACGAUAUCAAGAGGGAUUGGAAGAAGUAUUACCACUCUUCACUUUUUCGAAAAACAAUUCUGACGCAACUGAUGAAAAAUUGGUUCCAACUAUCCAAGCGAUGGCUUACAAUAAAUUACAAAUCUCUGAAUCGCUCACGGAUUGUGACUUUUUGCAGCUUAUUCAAAAAGGUAUCGAAGCAUCUCAUACAAAUGGUAUUUCCAAACUUACGAAUAACUGUGAAAGCUUUUGGCUGAAUGGAAUCCAUUAUGCCAGUCAAAUGUCUCAUAUGAAAACAAAUAAAAUCGGGCCGAUAAUAAAACAGCAAAGAUUUGCAGCACAUGUACUCAAGACUCACGUUCUUUACAUGGUGUUGAAUUAUUUUGAUGAAGAUCAGCGACUUCAAUUACUCGACAUCGUGAAUAGUUUGAAAUUUACUGGAAACCGUUAA